UCUUGAAGGCUUUCGAUGGAGAAGCCUUGGAGGGUAUCAUCAAUGUUGGCUUGAAGGGUAUCAUCAAUGUUGGCUUGGAGGGUAUCAUCAAUGUUGGCUUGGAGGGUAUCAUCAAUGUUGGCUUGGAGGGUAUCGUCAAUGGUGGCUUGGAGGGUAUCAUCAAUGGUGGCUUGGAGGGUAUCAUCAAUGUUGGCUUGGAGGGUAUCGUCAAUGGUGGCUUGGAGGGUAUCAUCAAUGUUGGCUUGGAGGGUAUCAUCAAUGUUGGCUUGGAGGGUAUCAUCAAUGGUGGCUUGGAGGGUAUCAUCAAUGUUGGCUUGGAGGGUAUCAUCAAUGUUGGCUUGGAGGGUAUCAUCAAUGUUGGCUUGGAGGGUAUCAUCAAUGUUGGCUUGGAGGGUAUCAUCAAUGUUGGCUUGGAGGGUAUCAUCAAUGUUGGCUUGGAGGGUAUCAUCAAUGUUGGCUUGGAGGGUAUCAUCAAUGGUGGCUUGGAGGGUAUCAUCAAUGUUGGCUUGGAGGGUAUCAUCAACGGUGGCUUGGAGGGUAUCAUCAAUGGUGGUUUGGAGGGUAUCAUCAAUGGUGGCUUGGAGGGUAUCAUCAAUGGUGGCUUGGAGGGUAUCAUCAAUGGUGGUUUGGAGGGUAUCAUCAAUGAUGGCUUGGAGGGCAUCAUCAACAGUUGCUUGGAGGGUACCAUCAACGGUGGCUUGGAGGGUAUCAUCAACGAUGACUUGGAGGGUAUCAUCAAUGGUGGCUUGGAGGGCAUCAUCAAUGUUGGCUUGGAGGUUAUCAUCAACGGUGGCUUGGAGGGUAUCAUCAACGGUGGCUUGGAGGGUAUCAUCAAUGUUGGCUUGGAGGUUAUCAUCAACGGUGGCUUGGAGGGUAUCAUCAAUGGUGGCUUGGAGGGUAUCAUCAACGAUGACUUGGAGGGUAUCAUCAAUGGUGGCUUGGAGGGCAUCAUCAAUGUUGGCUUGGAGGUUAUCAUCAACGGUGGCUUGGAGGGUAUCAUCAACGAUGACUUGGAGGGUAUCAUCAAUGGUGGCUUGGAGGGCAUCAUCAAUGUUGGCUUGGAGGUUAUCAUCAACGGUGGCUUGGAGGGCAUCAUCAAUGUUGGCUUGGAGGGUACCAUCAACGGUGGCUUGGAGGGUAUCAUCAACGAUGACUUGGAGGGUAUCAUCAAUGGUGGCUUGGAGGGCAUCAUCAAUGUUGGCUUGGAGGUUAUCAUCAACGGUGGCUUGGAGGGUAUCAUCAAUGUUGGCUUGGAGGUUAUCAUCAACGGUGGCUUGGAGGGUAUCAUCAACGGUGGUUUGGAGGGCAUCAUCAAUGAGGGCUUGAAGGGUUAA